UCAUAUGAUUUUUUGGCAUGUUGAGAAUGGUGGUAAAUCUGUCAUGACUCAAGUUUCUGAAAUGAGUUCAAGAUCUUGUCAAUUCACCUGAAAAUGGCUUUAUCAAGCCACCAGCAAAUAGAGUGGUAUCAAAUUAGGUACAAUUAUGUCCUUCCUGGUGUAUACUUCUCAGUUCUCAAUGCUAAAAAUUUCAUCGUAUGGCUUUUGAAAAGCAUAUGGAUCAAUCAGAACUUUGUUUUGUUACUGCUUUCUUGACUACAAUAUACUUUCAACCUUAUUAAUUUGUUUGAAUGAGUAGGGAGAUUGAGCAAAUACAUGUGCAGGAAGAAAUCGACCUACUGUUAUUGGCUGGAAAUUGCUUUCCCUGGUGGUUAAUGGACCAAUUUGCCUCAUUUAAAAGGCUUACCUCUACAUAUGUUAAGCCACCAUUCCCUUCAGAUUGUGGUGCUUGUCGUGUCAGUGUUAUGGUUGGAGUGCAGCAUAACAAGUAAGAGGAGAAUUGUGUGUAGCUAGCUGAUUGUUGCGAUUUUGGGUGUUUGAGGGAAGUAGGAGUUUGGGCGGCUGAUUGGCUGCUGCGCGGUGGCUCGGUUGGGAGUAGGGGCAGCAAGGGGGAAGCGUGGGAUAUUCAUGAAAGCAUAUAUUUUCUCAACUAGAAGGAACAAGGUUCUCAACUUAGCUUGCUAGCAAAGGAUUUUGGGUCAUUUGAUUAUUUUUCAAGCGAGUUCCUGAUCGAUGGAAGUACACUCAGCCUUGUAGUUUCUGAUGAACAGAAAAAUGUUCAGGUCUUUGAACAUUAUGGCUGGAAUGGAAAUAGAGACAGAAGUGGAACACUGGAAGAAUGUAGCAGUGCCAGACUGACUUGAUGGGGAAUAAUAAUGAGAUGGUAAACCUGUAUGGAUUACUUAUGACAGAAAUAAUGACUUGAGGUCAAGUAUUGUGAUUAUUAAUGGAAGAUGAAACUCAACAAACUAUAGAGGUGCUAGUGGUGGAAGUCAAGGAUAAGCUUGCUAGUGUUACGGAGCCAAUUGAGGAAAAUGGUAAUAAAGAAGAAAAAGAAAGCUCUCUGGAUGAUGGAGAGUUCAUUAAGGUCGAGAGAGAACCUGUGGAAAUGAGAGAUAGGUUUCGAGAUGUUGAAGUAAAUGUGGAAGAAAGCAAAUCAUCUGUUAGUGAAUCUAGCAGAAAAGUCCUUGAAGCACUGGAGUAGAUAAACGAGCUUGAGACUGAAUUAGAAAGAGUGGCUGCUGCAUUAAACGAUUCUGAGUCACAGAAUGCAAAUUUGAAAAAUGAGGCCUUAUCGACUGAAGUAAAGCUGCAAGAAUGUGGGAAGAAGUAUGAAACUCUUGAACCGAAUCACAAGAAGUUGCAGGAGGAGAUGGUAGAGACUGAAAAUAACUUCAAUGAAAAGCCGAAGUCUUUGCAAGAUACUUUGGAAGAUCAUGAAACUAAUCAAAAGGAUUUUUCUGGCGUUAAAGAAUCAUUUGAAAGUCUUAAUCUUGAGUCCAAAAUCUCAAAGAAGAAAAUAGAGGAGUUGGAGCAAGAAUUACCUUCUCGUGCAGCAGAAUUAGAAAAUGUAGUAAAAUCUUCUCACUCCAUAAUUGAGGUUGCUGAGAAAAACAUGGGUGACCUUGAAUCGCUGCUGGAAGAAAAGAAGCAGAAAAUUGAAGAGCUUGAAGUGAAUAUAAGCUCACUGGAGUAAAAAUGCGGGGAUCCUGAAGCUGAAUCAAAAAAAUAUUCAGGCAUGGUAUCUGAACUCACUGGAAAAAUCGAGAAGUUCCGAUCUUUAAUGUUGAACCUUGAGAGUGCACUUCAAACAGCAAGUGAAAAGGAAGUGGGACUGAUGGAAUCUUUGAAUGUAAUGAAAGUAGAGAAACGAAGUUCAGAAGAAGCAUUGGAGAAUUCCACUAAAAAGCUUCGGGAAGCUGAAAAUUUGCUUGAAUCAUUGUGUGGUGAAUUGUCUCUUACACAGGAGAAACUAGAAAGCAUUGAAAAUGAUCUAAAGGGCUCUGGACUAAGGGUGUGUGUAAUUAUGGAAAAGCUGAAAGCUGCUGAGGAUCAAUUAGAGGAGCAAGUGAGAGCAAUAGAGGAAGCAACUGCGAGUAAAAUGCAUUUUGAAUCUUUACACGAGUCUUCUACUAGGGACUUUGAGGUAAAAAUGCAGGAGACAAUGGCAAAUUUCAGCGAAAAGGAGUCUGAGGCUAACUCAUUGUCUGAGAAAUUUAAGAUUCUUGAAGAUAAGGUACAAAGUUAUGAAGAACAGGUCGGUGAAGAAGCACUGAAGGCUGCAUCUCUAACAGAAGAAUUGCAUCAGAGUGUUGCUAAGGUAGAUUCCUUAGAAAGCUCUAAUGAAGAGCUUAAAAAGAUGAUUGAGGAAGCUGAGGGUGAAGUGGCACAAUCUCUUUCAGAGAAGGAACUUUUGGUGGAAAAAAACUCACAGACGAAGAACAAGGUUGAUGAGCUUCUGGAAUUGCUUAAUUCGGCUGAUGCAGAAAAAGAAGCCACUUCUCUUCAACUUGCCUCUCACAUGAAUACCAUCACUGAAUUAACUGAGCAACACUCGAGAUCUUUUGAGCAGCACUCUGCUGCUGAAGCUCGUCAUUUGCAGGCUGAAGAACAGUUGAAGGAAACAAGUGGUAGACUAGCUGAGAAAGAGAAGGAAGUCGAGGAGUUGGGUGCACGGUUGAGUGCCCUUGAAAACCAAGUGAAAGCAUAUGAGGAGGAGGUUCGUGAAGCAUCUGUGAUAACGGGGUCUAGAGAGGCGGAGAUAGAACAGUUAAAGGAGACUGUUGCUAAAUUAGCUGAUAAAGAGGCUGAAAUUCAGUGAAAUACUUGUAGCUCUUGAAGGCCAAGUGAAAAAGUAUGAAGAGAAGGCUCAUGAAGCAGAGGGAAUUGCUGAAUCAAAUGAAGUUGAAAUUAGAGAGAUGGUUGAAAAAUUAUCUCAGACAGAUUGAAGUUACAGAAUUGAAGGAGAAACUUGCUUCCUUGAAGGCCAAGUAAAAGGUUUAUACAGAAGAAGCCGGUCAAGUAUCUGGGAUCGCUGAAUCUAGAAAUGUUCAAAUUGAAGACCUGGUUGGGAAAUUAAGUAAAAAGGAGUUUGAAGUAUCGGGGCUAAUGAACUCAUAAAUCCUAAUGGUAUGUCAUAUCCUCUUUUGGUUGUUUAUGCAUCAUAAAGUUAUGAAACUGAUUGAGAUGUUCUCUGUAUUUAAGUAUAGGACCAUUAUACUACAAGUGUGUUUAUCAUCUGUUCUAUCAGUAUAAUCCUUACUCAGCUAUAUGGGGGAAUAUGACUUGGGUUCAUUCAAUCUCACAUGAUCUUGUCAACUAGAUUCACAUUGAACACGCCCUUAACCCAACCGAGCCUUAUGAAUUGGGUUGCUGCUACUCCAGGUCUGUCACCAUGCUCCCUGGAGGAAAACCUGUCAUUUUCUAUACUGGUGCAGACACUUAGAAUUUUCAGUCACAGAAUUUGGCAUUCCCUAAGGACCCCGCUGAUCCCCAUCUAACCUAAAAGGUUAAGUCGCCUCAUAAUCCUGUAAUUGCUGAAACAGAUGGUGACAUUGAUUCUAGCAAUUUCAUAGAUCCUACAACUGCUUGGCAAGCUGCUGAUGGUGCUUGGCACGUUCUUAUAGGCGGAAAGGUAGAUGGCUGAGAAAUGGCAUUUUUGUGCCAGAGUAAAGAUUUUGCUAAUUGGACUAGAAGUGAAGUCUCUUCACUUAUCAGCAAAAACCGGAAAGUGGGAGUGUCCAGAUUUCUUUCUUGUGAGCAUUGAUAAUAAAGAUGGAGCAGAGAACUAUUUUAUGAAGGAAAAUACCAAAUUUGUUCUUAAGGCAAGUUUUCUUGAUCGUGGGCUUUUAUAAGGCCGUAACAAAUGAAUUUGAGGUGGACAAUACUGACUUCAUGGAAGGUAUUACUGAUUGGAGAUAUGAUUAUGGAAGUAAAUAUUAUGCUUCCAAGACAUUUUUCGAUGGUGAGAAAAAAACGGCAAACGUUGUGGGUGCGGAUAUUGGAGGCUGAUGGUAAAGCAAAUGACAAGAAAAAAAGGGUGGUCAGGGCUUCAGAAACCUCUCUCUCUCUCUCCUCCAUUGAAGCGCACUCAGAGUUCUCCAUUGAAGUCGCUUGUCAGCUUCUCAUCUCAGAGUGAAUUUGAACAAAUGGGACAGAAAAAAGAUAGAGGAGAAACGAGUAAAAGUGUUCGAGAAGUUUUAGAGAUAGAGGAUUUUCAUCCAAAUCAAGUUUCCGAUAAAGAUAAGUUCUUUUUAGAUCUUAAGCAUUCUAAUGCUCCUUGGAAAAUGAUUGAGAUGAUUUUGUAUUCUAGGUUUUGUAUCGGUUAUAUGGGUCAUAAGUGUAAUGUGAAGAAAGAUAUGCCCCAAUUGAAAUGUGGCGAAUCAAUUGAUUAUAAAGAAGGGUGUUUUUUCAUAGUGACUCUAUGUUCAGAAGAGAACUUUUCAGUUGAUAUUUUGGUACACAAACCAUCAAUUAAUAUGUUGGCUGUAGGGGUUGGGGGAAAUUGGUGGAAAGUAAACGAUUUUGAGGAUUUUGGUUUUCGGUUUACGAGUGCAAAAAUGCUUCCUUUUAAAAGUGAAUAUGACCCACUUCCUGUUGAGUUUAGUGCUAGUUUGAUUCAUGAAUGCAUCAUUAGAAUCUUCAAUGGAGCUAAAAAUGAGAUGGAGGGUACAGAAAAGUAUUACAAACUUCUCUGUGUUGUGAUUUCGGAGAGUAUUAGGUUUAAUGCAAUUCUGAAAGUAAUGCAUAAGGUAUUACUAAAUGUGGAAAAGUCUUAUAAACUUAAUGACCUUCAGUGUUGGCUCAUAAAAUAUUGGUUAAAAACUGAGUCGCAUGUGGAUAAUGUUUGACCUUGGAUAUGGAUGGAAUCCCAAAAAGUUGGUAGCCCCUGAUGAUGUUUCCGAUCCUAUUAAGGUUAAGGAACUCCUUGGUAUUAUCAAAUGUCCUCAAUCUGCUGUGAUUUUGGAUGAUGUGAGAUCUUUGCCAGUGAUUUCGGAUGAUGGCAAAAUAUUAGUUGGCUUAGAAUCCAUAGAAAUUUUGCUUGAGAUUGUGCAAAGAGGGUCACGUGAUGCAAGGCUAGAGGGUAAAUUGAACCCGUCAGAAAGUGAAAAUAAUUUUAAGGCAAAUAAUAAAUUUGUCGAAGAGAAUAAAAAAAAGAUUUUGAAGCUGAUGCAUGAAACGGAGGCGGAAAGUUAAGUAACAUUUCCUUGCAAUUGUACAUAUAUCCUAUGAAAGGUCUGCCUCUUUUCAGCAUAAAUCUAAUGCCAAGACUGGGUUGAGGGGCAUCCAUAUGUUCAACCGACCGGUAGUGUGUGAUAGAUCAUCAGUCACAACCACCUCAAGCAAAGCAGUAGCAACAUCGAGAUAGGCUUAGCAAUAAAAGUGAAAGAAGACCAAGCAUGAAGGCUGCACUACUUUUUGGAAGGCAUCUAUAAUCAGCAAGGCAUGACAUCUGAAUGUGCCUUUCACCAUUUUGGAAACAUAACUUUAGACUAAUGCUUUCCCAACUUUUGUAGUAACUAUUUUUAGAUUGUAAUAUAUAAUGAAGCUGUUGAGCAUGUAAGGGGGUAUCGAGAAAAUUGUGAGAAACAUUUGGAGAGUUGUAACCUCAAGUUACAAAGAGAUUCAUAGCCUAAAGCUAUCCUAUCCUUUUGGAUUACAUUGUAAUUGCUACUACUAGUAUUACAUUGUAUUCUUAAUAUUAUAAUCCAGCCAUCUUCUGCUUGUGCUGCUAACCUUGGUUACUUGUUGAUGUGUCAUUCCAUUUGAACUUGCUGAGUUCGUCCGGCUGAACUGGUUGGCAUCCGGCUAGUUCCUGUCAUAGUGAUAUCGGGUCAGAGUAUGUGGCCGCUAGAGAUCUGGCCUUGUUUGCACUCGACAAUACAGAAGCCCUCAUGAUCGAAUGGCUGAAAAUACAGUCAGGCAUUCCUGAUCACGAUGCACCUUCCAGUAUCAGGGUAAAAUCUGUAAGAGGUCAGAUAUCAACCCAGGAUUUACUACUUCGACGGCUCUUCCGAUAUGGUAAUUGAUUGUUGGAUCUUUCUAUUUCAAUAGCUGAGUGGUUAAGACUGGAUGCUGGAAUAUCAGGUGGUGAAAAUCAGGAUGAUAAAGAGUACAAUGAAUGUUCUAAGAGCUUAUCAUGCCAAAUGUAGUUAUUAUCACAACAAAUCGUCUGGAGAAGAUAACACAGAAUGGAUCAAGAAAUUGCGGGAUUUUUGGAGAUAAUCUUACAAUAGUCAUGGUGAUGCAGCUCAGAGAUCCACUCCGAAACAAUGCACCAGUUGGUGGCCCAAUGCUCAGUCUAAUUCAAGUGAAGAGACUAAUCGAACCUGUGACUCGUUAACAUUGGAAGAUGACAGAGGGAGAAGGCAUCGUUUCCAGGUUCAGAUUAGACGAAGCUCAUAUUGCAGGAUUGUAUAUGGUAUCUGAUAAUCUAGUUAUAUGGUCUUCUAGGAGACUAAACAAUUAGGAUCUCAGUGGUUGCUUGCUAUUGGUUUGAUCAAGAACUGUAAUUCUCAGUUUUCAAAGUCAAAGGAAAUAAUGAGAAUCUCCUCACAAGUGCUUAGAAAAC